GCCGGGGAAAUGGAUAGCGACGCCGGCUCUGCCCAAGACGGACACGAACUUGAUUCACCCGGGCUGGAAAAUGAGACUGAAUGCUGGAAUUGAGAAAUGACUGGAAGUCUGUUUGACUCCAGCCCACUUGCGGCUUUUUCGCAUAUGAACGGACGACCAUCUUCAAAUGCCGCCUGAAGGGCGUGCUUAGUCGUCGAUGUACGUGGAAGACUGAUUCAGGCGUUUGCGAAAGGGCAGACUCCCGCUGCGCUAAUCCUCUCCCUCUCGCUAGAGAAAGGAGCAUUCGAGAUAUUUCAGGUGUCCAGGUUAUAAAGCCUCAACUUGCUCUCACCUGCUUUUCCAUCCAAUACCACCCGCCAGCUCAGCGAUGGCUAUGUCUUCUCCUUCUCCCUCUCCUUCCCCUUCUUUAGGAUCGGAUUUUUCCUCCUCGUCCGAGCAGACAACCCCGUCUUCCACACCCCCUGAAACCCCUCCAGAGGAACGGUUGGUGGACGACAUGGUCGCGAUGCUCCGCCGAUUCCGGGAAAUCAGUGACCGACUCCUGGACAUCGAACUAGACCAAUGGAAGCGAGACCAAUGGUGCGCCUUCCGAGACGCCAUCCCCUGCAGAUGCAGACUACCCGUAACCACGGCCGCGGCAAUGUUCUUCAUCGUCCUCUGCAGCUACGUCUUUGACGGCGUCGGCCAGUUCGCCAGCUGGAUCUUCAACCACCACCGUCCACCGUUUCCACUCGACUCCUCAACCACAAGCUUUGCCAAUUUCACCAAUUUCACCGCCACCGUCAAGGCCACCCACGAGCGUCUUAAUAAUCCUCAUCAGCAUCAUCAGCAUCAUCAUAAUCUCCCUCGUGACCCCCAUCGUCAGGAAAUGGACAACACGGUCAUUGCGUAUGCCAUGCGGGAUUAUGCUAUCGCCUGGAUAGUAGCGCACUAUGGGGCGACGGGGCUGCGGAAGUCGUUGGCUUGGGCGAUCGCCUUCUGUGGGUUUCGGGCGCUGGUUUGGGAUACGUUCAAGGUGUAUGUUAGGAGGUGGGGCAUGGAGUUGAUUGAUGUCAGGUUUUGGGGAGGAUAGACUAUGCUAAGAGGGGCCCUGAGGUGCUUGGAGACGGUCGCUCGGUGGGAGGAUUGUCGCCUGUGGGAUUUUAUCAUGUCUUUCACGGUGGAUAUCGGACGUUCCUUUCGUUCGUGUCUCGGUCUUGUUAUUUGUGAAAUUCGUCUAUUAGAGUGAUUUACCUAUUGGGUCUAGGAGUUUGUUCCGCCAUCUUGUUACGGCUCUCUGUACUCUUAUCGGAUACUGUUCAAAAGUCUGUCCAAACCCACUGGCAGACGAAAACAUGCGACGAAACAACGGCCGAGUGGCAAGCAUCCUGAUCAAGAAUAUGUGACUUAUUGGAGAUAC